UACCACAUAAGGUCGCACUAUCAGGUCAAAAUAAAACAACUUCUAUUUUUCUUUUAUCAUUUCUUGUAGUAGAAAGAGCUUAGCUACCGGCUUUUAUUUUUAGUUGGAAGCGUUGGUCUUGUAGUUUGUCUCCUGAACGGAAGCUUUUUGUUUGUUUUCAAACAUGUUAACAGAAGAUAAGUCACAGAUAUUUAAUGUGUUGCUUAAUGGAGAAAAUGCUUUUAUAAAAUCAAGAACAUCUAAAAACAACAAUACCAAAAAAGUUAUAAAUCAAAAUUUUAAACAGGAAGAACACGUCAGUAAUCAUGAAGAGGAAACUAAGGAAAAAAAAUACUCUUUACCAAGUAAACAAUUUUCAAUUAGAGAAUCGUUUAUACUGCAAUUAUUUGAACAAAAUAAAACGCUAAACACUAUUUAUAAUAUAUUUGUUGCAAAUUAUGUCAUAUUUAUUUUUGCAUAUACAUUAAAGGAAUAUAUGAAUCACCAAAGGUUACCCAAAGCAUUACUUAUAAUUCCUCGUUCGUUUGGAAAAAUGCAUUUAGUUGCACUGGUUUGGCUGGGAAACAACUUUGCAACAUUUUCAACUUAUUACUUCUUUCUUCUGUGGGGAAAAACUAGACAAAAAGUGAUUUUUCGAAAAUUGUGGGAUGCUUUAUGGAUUCUUCUGCUGAUAACUUAUUACAUGAUGUCAUUUGUAGUGAUCACAAAAGUAGUUUUUGCUUUGAAUUUACCAUUCGCAUCGGCUGUUAUUAUUACAAUGGAGUCGGUACGCUUUUUAAUGAAAGUUCACGCCUUUGUCAGACAUAACGCUCCAAAGAUGUUACAUAAUUCUAACGACAAAACAACAUUGCUUUCAUUCUCCAGAUUUAUAUAUUUCUUGUAUAUACCAACAAUAAUUUACAGAGACCAGUAUCCCAGGCUAAAGAAGAUAAGAUGGGGUUUUGUGUUUUUCCGGUUAUUCGAAAUAGCUAAUAUAAUAAUUUUUUUGGCGUAUUGGUACGAAUACGUCAUUACUCCAUAUUUCAAAGAAUCUUGUUUAAAAACAUGGAGCGCGUUGGAGGUGUUUCUACUUUUUAUUGAAUUCUGCAUACCUGCUUAUGUUAUUAUAUGGUUGAUGUUCUUUACUGUACUACACUCCAUCCAAAAUGCUGUGGGUGAACUUCUUAGAUUUGGAGAUCGACUGUUUUACGCUGAUUGGUGGAACUGUACAAAUGUUCAACAGUAUUACAAGAAAUGGAAUAUGGUAAUUGGAGACUGGCUUUACACCUACAUUUACAAAGAUAUGUAUGAAAUAAUUUCUCCGGGUAAUAGAAAUUUAGGAAAAAUCGUAACUGUUCUGAUCUCUGCUCUAGUACACGAGUGGAUUUGUACUGUUAGUACUGGAUAUUUUCUUCCGCUCCACAUACCACUUAUGACUUUUAGUACAAUAUGCAUGUACGCGUUUCGAGUAAAGGAAUAUAGCACAGCCAAUAACAUUGUAUAUAUUAUAAUGAUUAUGUUAGGUUCCAACAUUAUUAUAACUUUUUAUGCUUUUGAGCAUUUUACUAGGUUGAACUUUCCUUCAAAUAAACAAUUUGUCUCAUUAUUUUGGACAAAUAAUUGUGUUACUUUAUAGUUAAUUAGUUAGUUAGUUAGUUAGUUGUAUUUUUUAUGUUUAUAUGUUUGUAAUAAAUAUUAUUUUACUGUUUA